AUGUUUGAAAAGAUCCGUCAAUUUAUUCAUUUCAAUGAUAAUUGUCAAAUGUUAUCCCAAGAACACCCUGAAUUCGACAGACUGUUCAAAAUUAGACCACUUGUUCAAAAAUUGAACGAAAUCUUUUCCAAAGUUCCUUUAGAAAAAUAUCUUUGCGUUGAUGAGCAAAUAUGCUCUACUAAAGCGAGAAAUCCGCUGAAAAGAUAUAACCCAAAUAAGCCUCACAAGUGGGGCUAUAAAAUGUACGUUCUUAGUGGCAUCUCUGGGUUUGCAUACAAAAUUGAACCUGAAACUGGCUCAGAAAAUGUUGUUUUACCCGGCGAACCUGAUCUAGGUGCAUCUUCAAAUGUUGUCAUGCGUAUUUCGCGAGAAAUACCUAGCAAUAAAAAUUACAGACUAUUUUAUGACAAUUAUUUUACGUCGUUGCCAUUGCUAGAAUACUUGGCAAAAAAUGGUGUACUUAGUCUUGGUACUGUACGUAGAAACAGGAUUCCAGAUUGCAAACUACCUGCAGAAAAAGAGAUGUCAAAAAAAGAAAGAGGGUAUUCUGUAAAGUAUGUUGCUGAUGUCAAUGGUGUGGAUAUAACAACCGUAGCCUGGAAAGAUAAUAAAGUGGUAAAUUUAGCAUCAAGUUUUGUAGAUGAAAUGCCAAAAGCGCGGGUGAGGAGAUACAACAGAAAGACCAAGCAGUAUGUAUCAAUUGAUCGUCCAAAUAUUGUUGGAGAAUACAAUCGCCAUAUUGGUGGUGUCGAUCUAAUCGAUAGCAUUAUGGGACGCUAUAAAAUACAGCUCCGCAGCAAAGGUGGCAAGUACGCUUGUUUUACCAUUUGUUGGACCUAA